GAGAAAUAAGGGCGGGGCGUUGUCCUGCGAUCACAGGGGUGCACUGAACGAGAGAUGGCGGAUCUGAUUGCACAUCGGCCAACACUACAGCGCACUGAAUUUUAAAAACAACAUCAACAACGGAGGAUGGACUUUAGUUUACGUGAUCCCUUCACAGAUGGGGCAUCUAAAGCGACCCAGGACAACCUGCUGAAGAGGGAUUUUGUCGCCGGGUUGGAGGCACAGAGCUUUGAUGAUAAAGUGGACGAGACUGUUGAGAAGACAAAAUACCAGCCCCAUCUGGAUGGCAUGGAUGAGAAGAAGGAAGGGUCUGGCUUCAUGUCUGGAGACCUUACUAGGGGUCAACAUCAGGACCCUCGGGGAGAGAUUCGUCCUAGUCAACCUGGACAAUAUGUCUACAAGAAUGACUUUCAAUCAGGCUCAGCAUCAGUGAUUGGAAAUCCUCUCCAAUUGGGAAACCAGCAGAUGGGAUCUGCAAUGAAAGAUAACAGCAUGGACUCUUUUUUGGGGUUCUCUCAGCCUGGGAUAAAUAUGGGUAUGAAUAUGAAUGUUGGCAUGGCCCCUUUCCAGAGCUCCAAACUCCCCAGCAUGAUUGAACCUCAGAAGACUUCACCAUUGUUUGUAAAUGAACCACCCAAACCCUCCCAGAUAACUGCUAAUCCAAGUGAAAAAAGUCCUCGUAUCGGCCAGGAAAAUUCUGCAGAAGAUUGGGGAAACCAUCAGACAGGUGAUAUGCUCUCUACAGAGCAGUCCCACGCCCCCAACAGGGCAGAACAGAGUCUUACUUAUCUCUUGGGUUCUCAAGAUGCAGCGUCUGGGGAGGAAAAGUCCAUUGAGGAAGGAACUGGGAAGCAGCAGAAGAGGAAAAAGAAGAAAUGCAAGAAUAGAGAUGAAAUGUAUGACCUUCUGGACAGCCUUGGUUCCCCAGAGUCUGAAGAGUCUCCAUCAGAAAGCUCCAACCAUGGGUGGCCCUCACUUCCCAUCAAUAAUGAAGAGUUCUGGGAAAGCGAGAUCCAGGAAAAAGGGGGAGGACGCAUCAAGGCAAGGAAGAGUAAGAGCAGAAAGAAGCUUCCUGAGGAAUGGGGCACUCCUGCAGAUAGUAGCAAUAUAUAUAGCCCUAAUUUGGCUGAUUCCAAGACCCAGUCUAUUGUUAGCGUAGACCAGGGGAGUGCACCUCCCACGUUCACACGUGAUUUUCUGCACCUCACGGACACACAGGCAUGCAGACCCCAAACAACCGGUCAGGCAAACUCCUUAUUGUCUAAUUACCCUGACUCAACUUUCAAGAUGGAGAGGUUUAUGUUUGAUAUGGACAAAUUUUCUGAGGAUGAUGUAGCUGACAAAUCUAAACUGGCGCUGCCUGGUAUUCAUCCCUCAGAUCAAUUACCCAUGGUAUCAGAGAAUGAUCAUACUCACUCGACUGAUCCUAAGUCAACCCAAGUCCUUAGUCCAACACAGACUGUCUUGUUCCUUGACUCAGUGCUACAGGCACAGACCCCAGAUGCAAGCCCCCCAUCCCAGAGCCCACCGGUGAAAACCCCUCUCCCACACACAACUGCCCCAGAGCUUGCUCCCUAUCCAACCCCUGGCCCACUGACCAUUGUUCCAGAAUGUCCUGCCUCCCAGAGCAAAUCAGCUGUUAGUCACUCCUCCUCAGCUAUCCCCCCCAACACUGCAGUGAGCUUUAACCCGGAUGCUCCGCCUUUCAACCCUUCACUUACAGAGCAGAAGGAGCCCCCUCUGGCACAGCACCCCCUACUGGAAGUGAAAGAAGAUAAGAACAUGGAGAAGAUGGACACUUUCCCAAAGAUGGACAACAUCAACAUGAUUGAGAAACAAGACAAGCCUAAGAAGAUGGAGAAUAUUGACCACCUGGACAUGAAAGAGAAAGAGGACACCACAAACAAAAUGGACAGUAUGAAGAAGACUCAGAAGAGUGAGCAGAUCAUCAAAGAUGAAAAGAAAGCAGAGAGUAAGGAGAAACAGGAUAAUAAAGCAGAGAAGACUGAGAAGGUUGAGAAAGUGGAUAAACCUGAGAAGACAAACAAGGAAAAAGAAGAGAAGAAAGACAAUGGAGAAAAAGUUGAGAAGACCGAUAAAGCUGAGAAGAAUGCAAAGGCUGCCAAAGGGACCACAAAGUCCCCAGCAGCUAAUGGGAGUAAAGACAUCACCAGCCCUGACAGUAAGGCUAAUCCUUCAGUUGGGUCAACCAAACAAAGCUCAGGAAGACCAAACUCGCUGUCCACUGGACACAUUGCUGGUGCCCCCAAACGUACAUCCCCCACCGCCAACUCGACCAAUAAAAAAAGCCCUAUGCCUAUGGCAACCACCCCUACUUCUGGCACCAAGAAAACCCCCACAACCACAUCUUAUCUUGAUGCUAAGGCCAAGUCUUCUCAGUCCACAGCAACCCAGCGUCACCCUCCAGUUCCAAAGGCUAAAGCUGCAUCUUCUACCAACUCUAAAAAUGGCACUUGCACCCCAGCAACGACCUCCCACGCCCGACGCACCUCUGCUACAAAGACUGAAAACCAAGCUGGAGAUGUGAAAAAGACAAGUGCAAAGACAACAUCAGUUAAAACUACCCCAAGAACAGCUCACACGCCAACCUCUGCUAAUGCUACCAGCAUGGCACACACCAAUGGGACCCCAAUCCCUCGUCCCUCCCGCAUCACCAAACCCCCAGUGCCCAAGCAGACUCCCUUGGAGAGGAAGCCCCCUGUGCCUCGAGCCCCCCGGAAUGUCCGGCCCACCAAUGCACCCCUGCCUGAUCUGAAAAACGUGCGCUCCAAGAUCGGUUCCACAGAUAACAUGAAGUACCAACCUGGUGGAGGAAAGGUCUCUGCAGCCCAGGGCAAGACCGAUGCUCUGCCAAAGACCAGCCAGGGCAAAGUUCAAAUAGUCCACAAAAAAAAGCUGGACUUCAGUCAUGUCACAUCCCGAUGUGGCUCCAAAGACAAUAUCAAGCAUGUUCCGGGUGGAGGGAAUGUUCAGAUUCUAAAUAAAAAGGUUGACUUAAGCAAAGUGAGCUCAAAAUGUGGAUCCAAGGACAACAUAAAGCUCAAGCCAGAUGCUGAUGUGAAAAUUGAAUCUCAUAAUGUGAACAUCAAGGCCAAAGUGGGAUCACUGGACAAUGUAGGCCAUGAACCAGGAAGUGUCAACGUCAAGGCUGAGGGGAUUCAACUGAAAUCUGAGGGAAGCCUAUCUCCCCCUGCUGUCUCUCUGCCCUCUCAAGCAGGUAAUGGGGAAAAUGAGAAAGGGCUGAAGGAGAGCUCUCCUGCUCUCGUGCCCUCUUUGGGAGAGGGGCCCCGGGACAUACAUGGUCUGGACAAACACAUCCCUGGGACAAAUUGAGUCUUACAAGCUGAGCUUUCUCGAGAAUGCACGGGGUCGCAAGGACCACGGCGCUAAAAUCUUCCCCUGGUCCCCCCUGAGUGGCAGCCACCCCCACCCACAUCGCAGCACCUUUCUCAGUGUUUCUCUGGGGUCCGCAUUGUCCUCACACUCAACCCAGCUCAUCCCAUUCUCUCAGCCAUGAGAUGGGUGCAAACCAGUACACUAGGAGAAGGACUUUUAACAUGCCCUGUCCCUUUAAAACUAGUCUUCUCAAUACCGCAAUCAUUAGAUUCUUCCCAUUAUUACAGUUUUCUUUGUUUUCCUUGCUGGGAGAGCACCCAUGUUUGUGAAGGCGCAAGGCUCUGGCUUAAUUUACAGCACACCUGUUUAAAUGCAGGAUUUGGUUUGAGGCUAGAUUUGAAGUGGUCUUCACAUGGAGAAGGAGUUAAGAUGGUCCGGAUCUUGCACCCUCUUAAUCAUCAUGAUGAUCAUGACGGUUCAGCCACUGCAAUAGCUCCUAGUCUCAUUUUUGUUAGGACCACAAAGUGUUUAUUUCUUGACUUACUACUAGCCAGUGCUAUCCCUGAAACAGACCCAAGUUUAGAGGCAACACCAUCUUCUAACCUCUAUCUAUAAGUUUGGCAGUAGAUGUUCUCCAGUGGGAACCCCAGAAUUCACUCGAGAUGUAGCUUUUUACAUCAAAUAUUAUUAGUUAAUUAUAGUACGUGGGGCUGUCUUAAAUCGCAGUUAACAGGAAUGAAUCAGCCAUCAACCAUCAAUCAUCCAAUUGCUUACUUUGCUUUACUGACCAUGUCCUGUUCUCUUCACAAGAAUUCUAAACCUUGUCCCCCCAGUAUUUAAAAGAGCACUUAUUCAUUUGAAACUCAUAGGCUGUUCAAACAAUAUCUUAUUAACAUCUUCAAUGAUUUUGCUGUAUCGUGUUUGUGUAAAUUACUGUAAAGAUGAGCUCAUUAUGAAUUCUAACCAUCUGAUUGCAUCUUCCUCUUUCCAUUUCUCUCUUGUAUGCUAAUAGAACACAAAAUCCUCUAACACAUAACUCACAUAUAUACUACAGCAUGAUACAGUAAGAGGAAAGGCAAUGGCACCCAAAAUAAACAGACGAGAUGGUGAGGAAUAGAGGGAGGGAUAAAGAAAGAUGGAAUGUGUGGUAAAAUGCAAUGUCAGAAACAAUGUUAGAAUGGAAAUGUGUUUACAGUCCGUACACAGGUCAUGAAUACUUGCUCAAAGGUCCAAGUCAUCCUUCACUUUAAAUUAAAUCUUGUUCAUGAAGACAAUAUAGUAGAAGACUUUUGCACUAAAUAAAUGAACUGGAAUGUACGAGUGCCCAUUAUAUAAACACUGUAACAGUAAAUGUAUCCUAAAUUUUCAUUAGAGAAUAUUCGAUUUCCCAAUUAUUUAUACAGUGGCAAUGAUGAAUUGUUGUUUAGAAAUUAAUAUAUCAUCCUACAUAGUAAGAAAUGUUAUCUGGUUUUCUUGCAAAGUGAUGUAUAACCAUAAAUUAGUGAGCUUUUUUUGGAAUUAUUCACAAACUAGUUAAAACCCAUACAGUUGUUUUCUCUUCAAACCUACUAUUGCUGCUUUUGUGACACUCUUGACUAGUGACACCGUUUCAAGUUUUAAAGGUGAAUUUGUGGGCACUUUGUUGAUAGUUAUUACUCUAGAUAUGUACAGCUGCACAAUGCCUGCAUAUAAAAUAUGAUCAACUUGAUGUUGUUGAUCAAAAGUUUAUGUUUGUACACAGGGUUUGGUUCACUUAAUGUUGUGACAUAUUUAACUUUUUUCUUCACUGUUUAACAGUGAUAUCAUGGUAGAUCAUUGAUGAUGGUUACAUUUGUAGCAAUAAAUAUUCUAAGAGGCCCACAUGAAACUGAACAGCCGAGGCCAGGAAGUAUUGAAUUAUGCAAAUGUCCUAAAAAAGAAUGAACUAAUGAGCAUUUAAAAUGCACUUUAUGGUGGA